UUUUAUUUCAGAUCUUAAAAUGACACCAUGAAGAGAUCAAAAAAAUCAAAGAGUGUUUUGAACUGAAGGUUUUUAGUUACAAAAAAAGAGUUAAACCAUUGAUUGAUUAAACUCGAUUGAUCUGACGGUAUAAAUCGAUUUUACCAAGUGGCCACAGUGAUUAACGAAAAAUGAUGGUGUCACGGAGAAAGAUUUUGUCUCGAAGUAGAGAUCAAUUGAAUAUUGAGCAACCUCCAUUUCAGGAAGAGGAGGAGGAUGUGUGGUUCAAGAAAGAAAAACUUUUUAUGGAUCAUAUCCAGGAGGUUCUGAACAAAUGGGAAUCUAUAGAUGAUGAGAUUUGGGCCAAAAUCAUCGUUUUAGAACGUAACAGAAGGGUUGCUAAGGCAUAUGCAAGAGCUCCUGUGCUCACUGUAAACGGUUCAGAUGACGGAUUUGAUGGAUUUCGUAUCGGGUUGUCCGGAUUUGAUAAUCCAAUGCGAGAUCCUAAAACAGAAGAGGUUAAGAGGCAUAUUGGACAGGGUUGCAAAAUUAAGAUGGACGACAGUGGAAAUAUACUAAUUAAACGGAUUGCAAAGGCGAGCGUAUUUGUGAAAGCACUGACGGAGGAGAAUGCUGUUGCUCAGGAGAUUCUUAAACUUCAAAACAAUUCUCUAGAACUAGAUAAACCUCUAAAAUUGUUUGACAUGAAAAAGUUUCAACAAAAUGUUGGAAGAGAGUUAAAAAGAGCUUACCCAGACCGCAGAAAACUUGAAGCACAGGUCAGUCAGGGUCACGGUCAUCUUCUGUUUAGGGUCACUGUCAUCUUGAAGAAUGACAGAUCUAAUGUUGAUAUAAGAACCCGACCCCGUAUACCUAUACCUGACGAGGACCCCUACAGUAUAGCAGGAUCUCGAUCUAGCGGGUCUAGCGGAAAGCAUGAUAAGCAGCGAGGUGACCGGCCUCCUAAACUUCCUCCCAGAGAUACAGGAGGAUAUGGGCAUCCUAUCCCCAAGCCCGAUUAUGAGGGAGGAGGCGUAAUGGAGGAAUCAAAGUUCAGACAACAGCUCGAGCAAAGGAAUAAAAACCAUCAGAAGAAACACGAUGACCCGUACUAUUGCGGACUAAGAGCUCGCAUUCCAAACUUUGCAAAGUCGAAAUCACAGAAAGAACGAGAAUCAAAGAAGAAAUCAGCUGACGUCGCCAUUUUGACGUCGUUGCGACCCCAUUUUGACGAUGUUGGUCAAUUUGACCUCGGGCAUUUUUUUGAUUAUGAAUCUGACUAUUCUCAUAUUUAUGGUCGACUUCCUUUACCUUAUGGGAGAAUUCGACAAUAUCCAUCUCCAUCACAUCCCUCUAGUCGUCAGAUGUAUGUCAGCGAGUGGGAGUAAUCCCUUUCUACAAUUCCAAUUUAUUUCCCCAUUUUAGACACAUCAGAAGCUCUUAUCGUCUGCCGUAAGCUGAUAAAUUGAUGUCUAGUUUGCCGUGUUUAGAUCA